UACUACAAGGUCAUUUUGGUAAAUCAACUCCCACCUCCUUCACCGAUCACUAUCAGUCACUUGCUAAAAAAAGCUCUCUUAACAUGUAUUGUAUGUAUUCACACACUCUACACCUUCUACUCUUUUUUCCAUACAAGUAAUAAAAAUCCAAUCUUUACUCUUUCCAAAAUACUGGGUCAAUUUCAUCACUACCAUUUUCUUCAGAAAAAUUGUAAAUGGCAACUGGGUCGAACUUAGAAUCAGUGAACAACAAAAGGGGUGGUGGCACUAUUGAACCUAAAGUUCCACCUUUUGUUCCAAAAACUGGUUACAAUCCAAGAGAUUUACGUUCAUGGGCCAAGAGAACUGGUUUUGUUUCUGAUUAUUCAGGUGAAGCAGGGACAAGUGGAAGUGAAAAGUUUGAACCUUUUCAACUGAGGGGAAGAAAAGAGAAUGAGCCUAAGAUAGAGAUAGAUCCAGUUGUUGGGAGGAUGAGAGACAAUAGAGGUAUUGAGAUCCAACCAGCUUCACAUGGAGGGGUUGGAUUGGAGGAGAAUGUGAAAAAAGAGAAUGAGCCUGUUUUGGCUUUGAAUCCUGAUGGUGAGAGGAAAGUUGGUAUGAGAGGGAAUGGUAAUGGUAAUGGAAGUAAUGGUAAUGGUAGUAAUGGUCAUGGAGUAUCUGCAGUUGCUCCUAUGCAAGAUGAAAAGUAUGAUGAGGAGAAUGUGGUACAAGAUGAAGUUAAGGUUGAUUUGUUUCCAGAAGGAGUGGAACCUGUUGUUGAUGGUGGAUGGAAGGGACCGUCAGAAUUGAAGUGUGGUCUUAAAGAAAAUCCGGGUUUUGUAUCUCUUAUCUAUUAUGGCUUACAGCACUAUCUAUCAUUGGCUGGUUCACUUGUAUUGAUCCCAUUAGUCAUGGUGCCAGUUAUGGGUGGAACCGAUAAGGAUACCGCUACCGUAAUUUCUACAAUGUUGUUUAUUUCUGGCAUCACAACUAUACUGCACUCCUACUUUGGUACUAGACUGCCUUUAGUUCAAGGGAGUUCUUUUGUGUAUUUAGCACCGGCGUUAGUCAUUAUAAAUGCUCAAGAUUAUCGCAAUCUUACAGAACAUAAAUUUAGGCACAUAAUGAGGGAACUUCAAGGUGCUAUAAUUGUUGGUUCAAUCUUCCAAUGUAUCUUGGGAUUUAGUGGCUUGAUGUCUAUCCUACUCAGGUUAAUCAACCCAGUCGUGGUUGCGCCAACUGUUGCUGCCGUAGGUUUAGCAUUCUUUAGUUACGGUUUUUCACAAGCUGGCAUUUGCUUGGAAAUUACUGUUCCACAAAUUGCACUGGUUCUAUUAUUUACUCUGCAUCUCCGAGGAGUAUCUAUCUUUGGACGCCACUUAUUUCGAAUUUAUGCCGUUCCAUUGAGUGUAUCAUUAGUUUGGAUAUUUGCAUCCUUUUUAACAGCAGGGGGUGUGUAUAAUUACAAAGGAUGCAAUCCCGAUAUACCGAGUUCAAACAUUCUUACAGACGCAUGUAGACAGCAUGCAUAUACCAUGAAGCAUUGCAGGGCUGAUUCCGAUGCAUUAUCUACUGCUGCAUGGGUCAGAAUCCCUUACCCUUUACAGUGGGGCAUCCCUAUUUUCCACUUCAGGACUUCCAUAGUCAUGGUCAUAGUGUCACUCGUUGCCUCUGUCGAUUCAGUUGGAACUUAUCGUACUACUUCUCUUCAAGUUAAUUCGAGGCCUCCAACUCGAGGAGUUGUUAGCCGAGGUAUUGCACUAGAGGGUUUGUGUAGUAUAUUGGCUGGUCUUUGGGGCUCAGGUACUGGUUCAACGACUUUGACAGAAAACGUGCACACAAUUAACAGCACAAAGGUGGCAAGUAGGAUAGUAGUGGAACUUGGAGCAGUUUUCUUGAUCAUAUUCUCAUUUAUAGGGAAAGUGGGUGCCCUUCUUGCUUCCAUUCCACAGGCUUUGGCUGCUGCCGUACUGUGUUUCAUGUGGGCUCUUACCGUGACAUUGGGCCUAUCGACUUUACAGUAUGCUCAAUCAGCCAGCUUCAGGAAUAUGACAAUCGUUGGUGUUGCCUUGUUCCUUGGUAUGUCCAUUCCAUCUUAUUUUCAACAAUACCAACCUGAGUCGAGUCUUAUACUUCCCAGUUAUCUGCUUCCUUAUGCGGCGGCAUCAAGUGGGCCAUUUCAUUCAGGCCUUAAACAACUUGAUUUUGCUAUCAAUGCUCUUAUGUCCAUGAACAUGGUGGUUACACUGUUGGUGGCAUUUCUACUGGACAACACUGUCCCAGGAAGUAAAGAAGAACGAGGCGUGUAUAUAUGGUCAAGAGCUGAAGACGUUGCCGCAGAUGCUUCACUGCAAUCUGAAUACUCCCUACCAAAGAAAGUUGCAUGGUGUUGCUGUUGGUUGAAGUGUUUAGGGGUCUAACUUCGGACAUUAAGAAAAAGGUAUUGAAGAUCAUGAAGUAAAAGGUAAAUGUACAUUGUAAUAUAGUUAUUUAUAGCAACAUUAAAUUGGAGAAAGGUUUGAAAUAUUCAUUAUGCUAGGAAAAUUGUUUAGUUACUUUAACAUGUCAGUCAAAAUUGUCUAGUGAAAGAAAACAAUGUAUUUAAGAGUUAAGAGUUACUAAAUAUUUUUUUUUUUAUCAUUAAGUGUUUAUUAUUUUAAA